UUGAACUUUCUUCCUGUAGAAGAACUGAAUCUCUAAAAGCAAUGAGAUGGAGCUCCUUAACCUGGCGCCAUGGUUAGCCGAGGCAAAGCUUUCUCCUGACGUCUGUGGAGGAGCAGCCCGAAAGCCCGGCUCAUGGGUCUGACCUCCGCGGCCGUUCUUCCGCUGCUGUUUGGCAGCCUGGGCCUCUAUGGCGUCUUCUGGCUGCUGCGGCGAAUGCGGGCCAAGGCCUACCUCAAGGACGCGGUGGUGGUGAUCACGGGAGCAACGUCCGGACUCGGGAAAGAGUGUGCCAAAGCCUUCCAUGCUGCUGGUUGUAAACUGGUGCUGUGUGGCCGGAAUGGGGAGAGGCUUCGGGAACUUCUGCGGGAACUCUCCGCCGCCGCCGAUCCUGCAAAGAACCCCCAUCAGCAUCACACGGUCAUCUUUGACCUCUCGGACAUCAAGGCGGUGGUGAGCGCCGCGGAGGAGAUCCUAAAGUGCGUGGAUCACGUGGACGUCUUGAUCAACAACGCUGGGAUCAGUCACCGAGGCUCCGUCGCCGAGACGGUGGUGGAGGUCGACAGGAAAGUGAUGGAAACCAACUACUUUGGCCCCAUUGCGUUGACCAAAGCUCUUCUGCCUUCCAUGAUCAGGAGGAGGAAAGGUCACGUUGUCGCCAUCAGCAGCGUUCAAGGGAAAUUCGGGCUCCCCUUCCGGUCCGCAUACGCAGCCUCCAAGCACGCCUCCCAGGCCUUUUUUGACUGCUUGAGAGCCGAAGUGGAGCAGUACGGUGUGGUCGUGACCGUGGUGAGCCCCGGCUACAUCCAGACCAACCUGUCGCUGAACGCCAUAACCGCAGAUGGAUCUCAGUAUGGAGUGAUGGACAAGACCACGGCCGGAGGCAAGGCGGCGGCAGAGGUGGCGCAGGUGGUCCUCGACGCUGUGGGAGAGAAGCGGAAGGAGGUGGUGGUGGCGGGCUUCCUGCCUUCUGUGGUAGUUUACCUCCGAACGCUGUGCCCGAGGCUCUUCUUCGCCAUCAUGGCCUCCCGGGCGCGGAAGGAGAGGAAAGACAAGGCUUCCUAGCCCCAGAACCAUUGACUCUGAGCGGGAGAGGCCGACCCGAAGGCGUGUGGGGCUGCGCACGGAGCAUGGACACUCGCCUCGAUCUCUCUCUUCCCUGCAGAUGAAGAGCUGUGUCCAGUUGGGAGCCAGCAUGACACCCGAAGAUUGGCUGUUGUCCUGCUCAAAAACGGUUGGGUGGCUGUGAGCCUUCCGGGCUGCCUGGCCAUGUUGCAGUAGCAUUCUCUCCUGAUGUUUCGCCCACAUCUAGGGCAGGCAUCCUCAGAAGUUGUGAGGUCUGUUGGAAAUGAGGCAAGUGGGGUUUAGAUAUCCGUGGAAUGAUGUCCAGGGAGGGAGAAAGAACUCUUGUCUGUUGGAGACAAGUGAGAAUGUUGCAUUGAUUAGCAUGGAAUGGCCUUGCAGCUUCAAAGCCUGACUGCUUCCUGUCUGGGGGAAUCCUUUGUUGGGAGGUGUUAGCAAGAACUUUUGUCUUUUGGAGGCAAGUGUGAAUGUUGCCGUAGGCCACUUUGAUUAGCAUUGAAUGGCCUUGCAGCUUCAAGGCUUGGCUGCUUCCUGCCUUUGUUGGGAGCAAGAACUCUUGUCUCUUGGAGGCACGUGUGAAUGUUGCCCUCGGCCACUUUGAUUAGCAUUGAAUGGCCUUGCAGCUUCAAGGCUUGGCUGCUUCCUGCCUUUGUUGGGAGCAAGAACUCUUGUCUCUUGGAGGCACGUGUGAAUGUUGCCCUCGGCCACUUUGAUUAGCAUUGAAUGGCCUUGCAGCUUCAAAGCCUGGCUGCUUCCUUCCUGGAGGAAUCCUUUCUUGGGAGGUGUUAGCAAGAACUCUUUGUCUGAGGCAAAUGUGAAUGUUGCCGUAGUCCACUUUGAUUAGCAUUAAAUGGCCUUGCAGCUUCAAAGCCUGGCUGCUUUCUGUCUGGGGGAAUCCUUUGUUGGGAGGUGUUAGUAAGAACUUUUGUCUUUUGGAGGCAAGUGGGAAUGUUGCCGUUGGCCACUUUGAUUAGCAUUGAAUGGCCUUGCAGCUUCAAAGCCUGGCUGCUUCCUGCCUGGGUGAAUCCUUUGUUGGGAGGUGUUAGCAAGAACUCUUGUCUGUUGGAGGCAAGUGGGAAUGUUGCCGUUGGCCACUUUGAUUAGCAUUGAAUGGCCUUGCAGCUUCAAAGCCUGGCUGCUUCCUGCCUGGGGGAAUCCUUUGUUGGGAGGUGUUAGCAAGAACUCUUGUCUGUUGGAGGCAAGUGUGAAUGUUGCCAUAGUCUACUUUGAUUAGCAUUUAAUGGCCUUGCAUCUUCAAAGCCUGGCUGCUUCCUGCCUGGGUGAAUCCUUUGUUGGGAGGUGUUAGUAAGAACUUUUGUCUUUUGGAGGCAAGUGGGAAUGUUGCCGUUGGCCACUUUGAUUAGCAUUGAAUGGCCUUGCAGCUUCAAAGCCUGGCUGCUUCCUGCCUGGGGGAAUCUUUUUUUUGGGAGCAAGAACUCUUGUCUGUUGGAAGCAGAAUGUUGCCUGCCUGGGGGAAUCCUUUGUUGGGAGGUGUUAGCAAGAACUCUUGUCUGUUGGAGGCAAGUGUGAAUGUUGCCAUUGGCCAGCUUGAUUAGCAUUAAUGGCCUUGAAGCUUCAAAGCCUGGCUACUUGCUUUCUCCCUCUCUGGACAUUCCACAGAUAUAUGGAGGAAACCAUAAAAAUGAGCCAAAUUUGGCUACCAGUAUUUAAAAAAAUUCCAAAAUUGACAGUAAAUAAAGGGCAACACUCAAACACCAGGGGAAUGUCAGACAGGAAACAAUCAGGACCAGCCAACACCUCCCAACCAAGGAUUCCCCCAGGCUGGAAGCCGCUAGGCUUUGAAGCUGCAAGGCCAUUCAGUGCUAAUCAAGCUGACCCAUUGCAACAUUCACACUUGCCUCAAUCAGAGUUCCACCUGCCAC